AGCAAUCUGUAACUUUUUUCUAUGAAAGCAAUAUACCCAAAAAGAAACAAAUAGGAAAUUUUUAUAGAAAUUAUUUCGGUAAUUAUUUAUGUAGUUCUACUGGAAGGGGUAAUGACAAGGGAGUGGGAAAAUGGAAGCAAGCGUCGCGACGUCCGUUAGAGUCGCGUUAACACUUCCGUAGACAUCACAUCUGAAGAAAUAGACUCUGGAGAAAAACAACGAUAGCAUAGAAACCACAUGGUUGUAGGUCUAAACGUUUGAUUGAAUCAAGGGAGUAACCAACCUCACACAAUGUCGAGACCUAUUUUAAGUAGACCGCGCACACGUGUUUACGACUGUAACUAUGACAAAGGAGAAUCUUACUACAAGCCAAUGAUGGAUCAUUUGGAUAGAAAAUACAGUGCGCGACCACUCUUUCCGGAGUCAAGAGCUUCAUUUGCUGAUGAGAUUGCUGCAAGACGUAGCGACAUCGGCAGCCGUGACUUAUCCGGAUCUCGCAACUGCAUCCACAAUUUUGACUUUGAAUCUGAUACACCCCGACCUAAUAAACAACCUUCAUUUUCUCUCUAUGGAGGAACCUACGAUGAUGAUGAGGAGAAUAUUGUUUAUGAUAUUCGUGGACAGCGAACAAAUCGACUAAAGCUUAAAAAUGAUUUUCCUAAAGAAAUUGCUUCAACAACGCAGCGGUUUAAAGCCCAUGCAGCUAGUUUAAGUUAUGAUACUGAGCAUUGUGACGAACUACGAGAAUCAAUUAAACAACAUUAUCAUGAUAUUGAUGACAGAAUUAUGAAAACGUCAAAAUCUACUAAAGAGGAAAAAAAUUUAUCAUUCAACAGUCACUCGAGUAACAACAUAGAAUCUAAUAGAGAAUGUACUCCUCCUAUAAAGUGGUCCAAGGUAUCGACAUUAGAGUCCGAUUCGAAUACGAGCGCUGCCGUUAGAGCACGACAAUCAAAGGCACGAUUACAAGAUUUAGAAAAUGAAAUUGAAGAAGUAGCAGAGAGGCAAGCUAAGCGAGAACGCCGAGCGGUUGCACUCAAAGCUUUUGUUACUGAUAAUACUUUUAUUAAUAAUAAAUUAAUAGAGCAAAGUGAAAAAAAAACUAGUAUCAAAAGUAAUGAAAAAAAAGACAAAUAUGUCAAUUUUUAAACAAUAUAUAUAAUUUCCAAGUCUUUAAUUCAUUAAAUCAUUGACUUUAGAUUUGUGUAUCUUAAUUUACCAUUCUUUUUAUUUUGUUUU